UGAUUAGCAAUUGAAAUGUCUGCUCUCAAUCAGCUCAAGUCCAAAACAAACCGAUCGUUCACAGAUCACCCAUCAGUGUUACGCUGCUCCAGAUGUGAACAUAGUGUGAGUCAUUACUCGAGCAAACACUGGACUACGGCACCGACUACACAGCUGCACAAGAUGUCUGCUGAGCUCUACUGUAUGGGUGGACCAGGUGGGAAUAAUGCAAGUCUGCAAAGCACCACAGUGGGGGGCAGCAAACCUUUACACCGCUUCAUUAAGGGGCAACCGAAGAUUAUUGGCAUCAUUGUGCUGGUAUUGGGCGCCUCCUUUUUUAUCCUUUCCAUUGCAAUAGUGGGAGACAGCGCUGGUCAACCUAUAUGGACAGCCAUCCCGCCUGGGUUCUUGCUGGGAACACUGUUCAUGAUAUGUGGGAUUCUGUAUAUUGUGACAGACCACAACCCGACCAAGAAAACAGUCACCAUAUCGUUGGCUCUGAGUGUUGUGACAAUACUUGGGAUAUUUUGGACUAUUUUGCACAUCCUGCCCGAAUUAAUACACAGCCACUACGUCAGGCACUAUGACUUUCCUGAAGAUGAUACAACAGAGAAUGAUGAUUUAGCAUGGAGAUCAUCUCAUGAGGCCAUGGGAUUGGUUGUGGAGGCGACCUUUGUAUUCUACAGUUUUGUUGGUGCAAUUAUUUUCAUUGUAAUGUCAAGUCUGGCCGGCGCUGCUCUGCGUUCCACAAACAGCCAGGCCAUUGUAGUGAUGACUACUGCGCCACCUGAAACUCCAGCUGAAUGACGAGGACAAGACGGAGGCCUGCAGACAAAUUGUACAGAGAGAAGAAAUAGGAGGCAUACAAAGACAGCAAAAUAUUUCUCUUAGUGGACAACAUAAUACUUGACUCCUAAAUACUACCCAGUUCUCACUAGCAUGUUGUGGUCAUUGUAGACAUUGCAAUACAGAAUGUAUAUGUAUAUGUGAUGUGUUGCCUUGUGGUGUUUCUCUGAUCUAUUACAAUAGUUUUUCUUUUAAACAUUUGCCACCAGAAUCACCUGGAUGAUGGCAUCCAACUUUCCCCACCGUAUAGCGUAUUAACUGCUACUUACUCUGCAGUCUGGCAUUUGCUGACCUAUUUUCACAUUAUGUUUAUGUGACUACACCACAGGAAAAAAGUCUGGGUGAAACCAAUGUCCUCCUGAGAUUGUUCAAAAAAAACUUGUGUAGGUUUAAUUUCUGAAAAGUAAUCAAGUUAUGAGUCAUGGGCAGGCUCAAACUGGGGUAAGGAUGCUAGUGCUCUUGUCACAGUACCAGAUUAAAAAACAAAAAAAACACAUAAAGGCAAACUUUGUAAAUACUCAUUUUGUAUCAUCUUACAUGGCGCUUUAUAAAUGGGCUAUAUGUCCUUUACUAAUACCUGAUAGAUCAGUCAUGAGCCAAUAUUGAGAGAACUUCCUCUCCGACUAGUGCUUAUGCUCAGUCAGCAUGAUAUUAUUUGCUUCGUCUUAAACCACUCCAAUGGAUCAGUUUACUUCCAGACUUCUGAAUCACUUCCCACCUCUCCAAUUUUUCAGCGUUUCAAAUAGUGUAUUCCAAAUGGAAUUCAGUCUUAUUAUCAGGCAACUGUUUGACUAUUAACCAUUAAUGACUAAUUAACAUUUAUAAUUCCAGAGGCGUUACACAUUUGUGCUUUUGGCUUAUAAAACGAAAACUCCUUGAAAAUAUUUGGUUUGCCAACAUGUUAAAACCAUUAUUACCAAAUGGAAACAUACAUUUUAUGAGUAGAGAAAAAACGUUUUAUAUUCAAACAACAGAGUGGGAAAGACUAAUGUGAAAAUAUAAUGUGAACAACUCCAACCACAAACAUGCCACCUCUGAAUAACUGUUUUCUGUGUUUUUACGAUCUGAACGAUGUGAUCCUUUUCUACCUUCCACCUGUCCCUUACGGUAGAAGUUUGGCAAGUUUUGGCAGAACAUGCACAGAACAUCAUGGCUGCCCUUGGAACUUUUAUUUAUUAUUUACCAUGUCAGCUCAUGUUUCAGCAGCACCUUUGUUAAGUACAUGCACUGUGAUACUCAAUGUACUGUACUACCUCACAGGGGACAGCAUUUGAGACACAGAGAACAGGGAGUGCGAUGUUUUUUGGCACCAUAUGUUUGCAAAAGCCUUUUAGGUGACAUUUUGAUUUUGGAUUCAAUUUACCAAAAUAAAAGGAAAACAGACUAAAAGUUAGAAUACAUUCGUCUGUACAGACUAGACUUGACAGAAUAGUUUCUGGUUCUGUUUUUUAUUUUAUUUAAUAUUGUCAUAAGAAAAAAGGUCAAUUUCACAUUUUCACUUUGAGUACAGAAUAAUAGAAAUCAAACGUGCAUACAAACACAUGAAGUUUAUGUGUUCAUAACCAAAAUAUAGCUAAGAAAAAGCAACAAAAAAUUUAUCUAAAAUUGAGUCCAUCACAUCUUGUCAAAUACACACUGUACAUUAGACAUACAUAACAAUAGAUCUAAGAGGAGCUUUCUCUAUCAAUUUUAAUUUAAAAAAGCAGUUGUAAUUAAUCUCUAGUUUCAAAUGUCCUCUAGAUUACACACCAUAUGGACAUGCAUAAAUUAAGGAAUGGAAAUGCCAUUAAAAUUGUUUUUGUCAUAUGAUAAUUACAUUUGCCAUUUGCCACUUUAUGAGCACAGUUUGACAGCCUACACAGUCCAAACAGGGAAUAUGAGUCUCAUCUGACAUGUGAAAGACAACUGGUAACUGUUUAGGAUGUACUGUGUAAAUUCAAGAGAAAUACAGUGUGAAGUAACUUCAUACAUAAUUUGCAAGUGUUAUAUCUCUGUGUAUGGUGGACUGUGAUCAAACUGUAUUGACCAUGGUUUGAGACACUGUCUGUACUCUGUUUUGGGUUUGCUGAGUCACACUGAGUCCUGCUGACGAAGCAGGUGCCUAAAAAAAGUAUCACCUCAGGAAAAACUGUAUUCACAAUAGUGUAAUCAUCUUUGCUAUAGUUCUGAAAUGUGGAAAUUUGUGGUUAUGGAUUUGCAACUAUCAGCUGCCAGUGAAAAUAUAGUCUAUAGUUUGUCCUUGUGGUUAAUUACACUGGAGUGCCUACUGAUUACGGGUACUCUAUAGCACUGAAUGGAAUGGAGUCAUGUGUGUAAAUCUGGCCACAAAUUAGCUACCAACAUUGUGUUAACAUGUUAUGGUAGGAAGAUGCAUUAAAAUGAGAGUACAUUAUGUAUGUACUGUAUGUAUGUAUGUAUGUAUGUAUGUAUACCUCUGGUCAUAAUUUUCUUUUUAUUUUCUUUAUUAUUAACAUUUUAAUUAUAGCCCACCUUUUCUGCUGUGGACUGCAGUAAAUAUUUGCUACAGAAGAAUAAACUCUCUGAAAACAAACUCUUUUGAAAACAACAAACAAAAAACAAACAAACAAAAAACUAGCAUGUUUUUUGGUAGCAAACAAUUGCCUAUUUACACAUCUAGCAGAGACAGAGAAACAUUACCAUUCAUUUGGAGUCCUGUGUCAGGCCACCUGCAGAAUGUAGGCUCAAUAUUUACUCUCUUAUCUCUCUUUUUGGUCUCUACCAACUCCUGAGGGAAAUCUUUGGCUCUGGCAAAACAGUAAAGUUGUCGACUGUAAAACCUAAAAAAUUUGCUGAGAGACAAAGAUCUGCAGGAAGAAUGGGGUGAUAAUUUAAACAUUCACAUAAAAAAAGUAGUUGUUUUCAAUUGUUAAAAUAAAAAUAUUGAUUAUA